AUGAAAUUGAUUAUAGUAGAUCCUAGCACAUGCAAGAAAGAUGAUCUGAAGUUAACUGAUCGUGAGUCAGAGGGUGUAGCCAAAGCUCUCAAACGUAACAAGAGGGCAAAGAGUCGAAGAAUCAAGCAUAAUAAAUCAAUAACAUUUCAAAGGUAUGACCCAAACGAUCCCUUUUGUCAGGAAGGAGGGCACCAAAGAGCUGAACACCGAGGGCAUGAAGAAUCCAAUUAUUUAGAAAAGAGCAGUCCAAAAUAUCUGUUAAAGGAUCCAUUAAUAAUAAAGAGUGAUCCCCAAUAUAAGUCUAAUGGAGCCGUACUUUUAAGUAGCAGAAGGUUGUUAAACACCAUUGAAGCUAGAAAUAUGUUUCAUCUUUCCUUUGUGAACACUUCUAAGCAAAAUAUCAAUUCAUUAGAAAAUAAUAUUAGUGAGUCACUUAUAAAGCAAAGGACCUAUGAACCAGAGAAAGGAAUAUCAUUUUACCUCAAGGACCAGGAGGAAGAAAUGGUACCAUCAUUUGUAGUUGGUCAUGUUCCUAAAAAAAACGGCAGUGACGAAUAUCUUUCAAAAUCAGGCAUAAAAAAAGUUGCAGGAGAGGCUACCUCUUUAAAUUCACCUGAUAAAAAUAGUGCACCCACCUCAAUUUCUGACAUCCUUCCAUUUAAAACAAGAAUAUUUGAUUCUAAUACCGUAACAACCACCAGAAGAUUGUCCCGAGUUCCAAAUAUUAGGAAAUGCUCUAGCUUUAAAUUUAAACUGAUACGAAAAUAA